GGUAGGAAUGGUGUGAAAAGGGGAAGAGCCUCGGGCCUGGGUGAGACCGUCAUAAGGGCUGACUGAGGUUUGAAUCCGUUUGGCGGGGAAGGAGCUGUCGCCAUUCUGAAUUUAGCUAGAGGAGCACAGCAGGGUCUGACCAGGAGUGCGUCCUGGCAAUUUGAGAUUUCAAGGUCAGGAUAGUGUGGGGGCAACCUUGCGGCGAGCAGCUCUGAGAUGUUAUGAUCUGGAGGCCCCAGAAAAUUCAUUCCGUGUCGGGGAAGCCACCCCUUCUUGGCCUGCCUUGGGCAGGGAAAGGGUGGCAGAGAGGAGGGUGCCUGACGCAGAGCAGAUGGUAAAUACCAGCCGGUGACCAGCUCUCUGGUGUGGAGCCUGGAGCGGCUGGUUGUAUCUCUCUGACCCGAGCAGCUGAGAAACAGCUUUGGUGUAGGGCGCAGCAGGAAAUGCUGUAACUUCAGGACUAAUGGGCCACAGGUGCACAUGAGUGAGUGGCGAGGAGCAAAAUGGACAAAUGGAUGGGCCAGUUCUGCUGGGGGAGACCCAGGACCAGAAGGAUGGAUCUCUCAAGGCAGAGUUCAGCCUUCUGUCAAAGCAUCUUGCCAGCCCCUGGGGCUGCCCACCCGUGUAAAUGGUGACAGGCGGAGGCAGGCUCUCAGAAGGGCUUGGCCUGGAGGUCACGGGGAGGCCUUCGAGGCUGGAGCACAGACCGCGUCUCCGCGGCCCGGGCGGGGCGGGGUGAGGACGGUGAGCGCGGAAUCGGGAGAAGAGACAGCGGAGUCCUUGGUAAUGAACGCGAUGAACGUGCUGCAACGCCAUGGGUUUCCCGUCGGAUUGGAGGCACGGGAACCCGCGAUGGGCAAAGAGCGGCGUUUCAGGGGACACAGAGGAAGGGGAGAGAGGAAGGCACAGAAGACACUCUCUUUAAGGCUUCCCCCAGUACAAAGGACCAGCCAAGGACCACAGCUGACGUGUUGCUCUUCCCGGAGGGGAUGGCCUCCUGUCAUGUCCCACAGAACCCAUUUUUCAGAAGGACUCCCGAGUGAGGGCCACAUCGGAUUUGAUAAAACACGGAGAAGGCCCACAAAUGCCCAGGUGGUGGGGCUUCUUGCUCCUCGUCGCCAUGGAAAGCCUGAAACAUCUCAGCUAAAAAUAAUCGGUGCCACCCUGGGCCCCCGGCUGCUGGUGGCCUGCCUCGAGGGGCAGGAGAGUCUCCGGAAUGUCUCAGCAUUGCUCAGGGUCACAGGAGCCCCGCUCGGCGCCAGCAGGCAGCCUCCGACGCUCUUGGCCUCAGCUGCUGUAACAGUGGGAUUAUUGGGGCAGAAUAGACGGCCGUGCUCUGGUGGUUUCCUCACCCCACAUUCCCAGGCGCACCUUGCUUUAUUAAGGCUCUCAGCUGUCAUGGGGAUCCAGGCGUGGAGAAAAGGAGAAGCAGCCCUCCACCAGCUGCUGGCAGGCCGCGAGCAGCCAGUGUGCCCCAUAAGGACAUGUUACUCUUAUUAGAAGCUGUGUCCCUCGCGUGUCCUCAAGAAGGGGCCAUCUGCCCAUCAAUAAAUCAAGAUCUCCUCUGUUCCAAAUAAAGAAGGAGUCUAACCGUCUUAGGUCGGCAGUCCCUUUAUAGUUGACGGAGACUUUUUUUUUAAUCCUGUGCUCGAGCAUGUUUUGCCUUGUGUAAUUAAAAAAUGAUAAAAGGUAAUAGAAAUGAAAUCUGCUGAGAGAUUUGAGGCUCAGUAAAGAAUCCAGAGAGUCCAGGUUUCUGGAUAGUGUAAGGAUUACUGGGGCCGGGGACACAAAUAAAUUCUAUGCCUAGGUCCCAGAAAAAAAAAUACUAGAAGAGGGAGGCCAGUUAGCAAAAGGAAAAGUAAUCUGAAAUGGCCCUUAAUUUGGAGGUGGGGGGGUUCCACCUGAAGAAGUGAACCAGAAACGGAGGGACCUGUGCACCCUUUGUGGUCAUCCGGUUUGGGGGCUCACGUCAGAAGGGCCAGGAGAUACCAAGAAUGAGCCGAAGAGCACCCAAGUUCCUGCUGCACCGUCAGGUGGCCGAGGGAUGGCAGGCUGAGAUCCACACAGGCUGAGCUGGUGGGCAAGAGAGGGUUCAGGUCGAUGCCUGGAGGAUUUAACACACACAGUCAACAGUCAGCAAGACAAAAAAUGCACCUCGUGGGUUUCAUCAGCCCAAUUCUAACCCACCUCUGCCCACGCCCCAUCUCCCCUACAUCCCCAGUGUUUCUCAUGUCUGUUUUGCCAGAUGCUCUGGUAGGCAGUGGUUGGGGUCUAAGAGUUUUGGGAUCUAGAGAGCUUCUCGUCUCUGCCAUUUUGACCCGGAGCAUAUCCUCUACUUCAGUGUCUUCAUCUGUCAAGCAGGGGGCAUGGCCCCGCUCGUCCUCACCGCGCUGGUCCAUGGAUGACGUGGGGGCUACGUGCUGAGAGCCCACGGCAAGAGUCAGUAAAUAGAGCCUGAGAUCAUCUUCGUCCUCCCCAUUCCUGGGCAAGGCUUCCCCUCUCAGGCCUUCUACGGCCCCAUCAAGUCCUUAUUCCGAAUUUGGAAGGAUAUCGUGUUUCAUUUUCUAGAGUAACAAGGCUUGUGUCUUCUAGAGUAUAUAUAGAAAACCGACCCUCGCUUCAUGGAGCAGAUACACUGGCAACGUUGGGUAUCACGUGAACUCUUAGAAAAUUAGUUUUUCCAUUUCAUCCUUCACUAAAUGGGAGCCUACUAGAGACAGUCAUGGACAGCUUCCAGAACCAGCAGCUCACCUCCUUCGUGAGAAACCCCGCACGUUGCUGGUAGGAGACAUUAUGGGAUCCCACGACCCCAAAGGUUUCAUGUUUGUGGCCCCACGUCUGUUAAGUCUGGAGUUCUAGAGAAUACAUUUACUUCAAAGAUGGCCCUUCCUUCCUCCUUCCUCUCUUCCUUUCUUAUCUAUAUCUGAGUAUGUGUUUUUAUAAGGACUAUUUCAGAAAGUCAUGUUAAUCAUAAUAUAACAUUAUACCUUGAAAAUGAGCAAGAACCCUAUAGUGCUAUCAAAUAUCGGGCCAGGAUUCAAAUUUCACCAACUGGGGUGUGUGUGUGUGUGUGUGCGCAUGCAUACACAAGGCCCAUGCAGCCCAUGCAGAGCAGUCGGUGGGUAGGUCUGUUAAAUAUCUUUAACCUCUAAUUCCUCCUUCCAUUUCUUUUGUGUAUUUUUCCUUGCAAUUUAUUUUUGAGAAAACUGGAUUUUUUUU